AUGACUUCUGAUGAUGGUUCCGAGCAACAGCCAGUGGCAGAACAAACACAAAGUCUUCCCGUCAAUAGAAAUGCCAUCUCAACCACCGAGAAAUCGAAAGUUGAUGGUCAUCACCAUGAAGAUCUACCCCCACCCAACGGUGGUUUGGUUGCUUGGACGCAGGUCACCGGCGCGUUUUUUCUUUUCUUUAAUACUUGGGGAAUUGUCAACACUUUCGGCGUAUAUCAGACAUACUAUCAACUUGAUAUGUUGGCUUCGGAAUCGUCCUCAAACAUUGCUUGGAUUGGUUCCUUCCAAGGCUUUCUGUUAUUUCUCGGAAGUGCUGUAACGGGCCCGUUUUUUGAUAUGGGAUAUCUGCGGAUGCUUCUUUCCCUUGGCUUCGGCAUGCUGUUCUUGCUAAGUGUUGCUAUUGUAUCACAGUACUUCUCGACCAAAAGGGCCUUUGCUUUUGGGAUCGCUGCCAGUGGCAGUAGUCUUGGUGGCGUGUUUUAUACUUUGAUAUUUCGGGCACUGCAGCCUCGUGUUGGCUUUGGAUGGGCCACUCGAAUCAUUGCGUUUAUAAUGCUCGUUACUCUAGUGAUCCCGGUACUUGGCAUGAAGCUGCGCGGCGAGUCGAGUACUACAAGACGUGAUUUUCUAGACCUGACGGCUUUCAAGGCAAAACCAUACUUGGCUUUCUGUCUCAGCGACUUCUUCGGGUUCAUGAGUAUCUACGUAACCUUCUUUUAUAUUCAGCUCUAUGCCGAAGAGCAGGUUAGUAUCAGUUCUUUACUAGCGUCUUAUCUUUUGACAAUCACCAAUGCGGCCUCUACAAUUGGUCGAUUGAUUCCAAACUUCUUCGCCGAUAAGAUCGGACCCCUUAUUAUCCUUAUUCCGUUUGCACUUGUAGUAACGGUUCUGUGCUUUGGAUGGAUUGGAAUUACAUCGGAGGCUGGAAUAGUGGUUUUCUGUUUUCUGUAUGGAUUCUUUUGCGGCGCAUUUGUUUCAUUGCCCGGCAUCAUUGUCAUAACGAUAUCGCCAAAUCUGAAAACUAUCGGCAUUCAACUUGGGAUGGCACUCAGUAUCUCAGGGUUCGGUAUGCUCAUUGGAGAACCGAUUGCGGGAGCAAUAUUGGAUGCCAAUAGCGGGUGGAAGGGGCUACAAGCUUUUUGUGGAGCAAUGAUACUUUUAUCUGGGGCGUUCGCUCUGUUGGCACGACUCUAUAGGACUGGACCUAUCUUGAUGGCUAAAGCGUAA